AAUCGAUUUUAAAUGGAGAUUCCGUCAAAAUGUGGCCCCGUUGCUUACAUUAGUGAGCCACUAUAAUCAAUCGUAUGUGUGACUAUAGCAGCAUUGCAGUAGCCUUGAUGUAAUGACAGAACUCGAGCCUAGAAGAUCGCUUGGUAUGAUAGAAUGGCAGAGAAACGUUCUAGCAGCAGGUGUUUUCUAUUGUGGCGGCGGAUGGAUUGUUGCCACGAGCCCUCGUCUCAGUUAAUUAAGAUUAAUCACCUCGUCCGCUACCAUUGCAGUCCGGUAUAAAUAGAUUUCAUUUAGUAUAGUAUAGAAGUGGUAACGGCCGAGUUAUUAUCAAUCAAAUAGUAAUUCACCAGCCAGUAACUUAUUUGCCUUUGAUAAAUAAUGACCAGGGCUCAUGAUUAAGGAGAGUUGUGGGAAUUGUAGUCCUAGUAGCAUGGGCUGGCCCAUUAAAUCAUUCAUGCGGUGUUCUAUCAUUGCUUUUACUGUCCCAGAAGUGCGGUUAUGGGAGCAGUGUUCCCAGCCGCUGAGCCACAGGUUCCUGAUCCCCCACCCGUAACGCAGGUGUUGGGAAUUCCCAAGCGAUCAUCUGUUGCUGGUUGGAAGAGAAAGGGAAUUCAAUGCUGUACGGCGCUCAGUGCCGAGGAGGGAAGCUCCCAUCUGUUUCUCAAGUCGGUAAAAUGCGAAGGCGUUUUCUGGGCACCUACUCCAACCUGGCAAACUUCAGCCCACGUCCGCACUCUGCAGGGUUAAUCCCCUAUUCGCGCCACCUUCUCGCUGACGUCACAAGAGGAAGCUUUAUCUUGCCCUCGCGGAGAGCGGGAGCUCGCUGGCGGCCUCUGCUGUUGCGCGGGAGCACACAGAGAGCAGGCGGUCCGGCAACUUGCGUUCGGUUUACGCUUCCUUUUGAGCGGAAUUCUCGCCUCCCGAAUGACGAAACGACAGGCUCACCUUGGACGCGUGAGUAAAGCACAAGUAAAGCAUCUGCUAUAGUGUGCGGCUCCAUUUACAGACGGCAACUCCAAACUAACAUGGCAGUCAGACUGUGUGAUGUGGCUUCUCUGCUUAGAAGUGGCUCGUGGGCAGCAGAGCCUUGGACUGGGCAGGUAAUUGCUGCAAUGGAAACACAGCUAUCCAAUGGACCCACUUGUAACAAUACAGCAAAUUGUCCAAAUACCAUAAACUGUUCAUCACCAGUUGAAUCUAACAACACAGAAGACAGCAAGACCAAUCUUAUAGUGAACUACCUUCCGCAGAACAUGACACAAGAAGAGUUGAAAAGUUUGUUUGGAAGCAUUGGUGAGAUAGAGUCCUGUAAGCUAGUGAGGGACAAAAUUACAGAAGGACAAAGCUUGGGCUAUGGCUUUGUGAACUACAUUGACCCUAAGGAUGCUGAGAAGGCUAUUAAUACACUGAAUGGGCUGAGACUCCAGACCAAAACAAUUAAAGUAUCCUAUGCCAGACCAAGUUCGGCAUCAAUAAGGGAUGCAAACUUGUAUGUCAGUGGGCUUCCAAAAACCAUGACCCAAAAGGAGCUGGAACAGCUUUUCUCUCAAUAUGGCCGCAUUAUUACUUCUCGAAUUCUAGUCGACCAAGUUACUGGUGUGUCAAGAGGGGUUGGCUUUAUACGCUUUGACAAGAGGAUUGAGGCAGAGGAAGCAAUCAAAGGACUGAAUGGACAAAAGCCGCCUGGAGCAACAGAGCCUAUAACGGUGAAGUUUGCCAACAAUCCAAGCCAAAAAGUAAACCACACUAUUUUAUCUCAAUUGUACCAAUCCCCAAACCGGAGGUACCCUGGACCACUAGCUCAGCAGGCUCAACGUUUUAGGUUGGACAAUCUGCUCAAUAUGGCUUAUGGAGGAAUAAAGAGUAGAUUCUCUCCGAUGGCGAUCGACGGUAUGACUAGUUUGGCUGGGAUUAACUUUCCUGGACAUGCUGGUACAGGAUGGUGCAUAUUUGUUUACAACUUGGCUCCUGAUGCAGAUGAAAGUAUCCUGUGGCAAAUGUUUGGCCCCUUUGGAGCAGUCACCAAUGUAAAGGUCAUUCGAGAUUUCAAUACCAACAAGUGCAAGGGCUUUGGUUUUGUGACUAUGACAAACUAUGAUGAAGCUGCAAUGGCUAUUGCCAGCCUCAAUGGGUACCGCCUGGGAGACAGAGUCUUGCAGGUGUCGUUCAAAACGAGCAAAACACACAAAGCUUAACAAGUUAACUUCUCCCAUUAUAUACACACAUGCAACAAAGGCAAGUUGAUAAACUUUAUACUUUUUGAAAUUGUCUUUGCAAGUAAGUGUUACACCAAAGUGUGUGGGUUUGAGGGAGCCACGGCAAAAUGAGAUCAUCAUUUAGCAUCUUUAGAAUAUGUGAGAUUGUUAUUGUUGGAUUUUGGAUUUUUAUUUUAUGUUUGUGUAUGGACCUUGGGUAACAGGGUUUUUACCGGUCAUAUUACAUUAUGCCUUCUAUUGAGGGGGAUUUUUUUUAGAUAUUUCAGCAGUGGGAAGACAUUUAUGUUCCGUUUUUUUACAUUCUUACCUUCAAACCUGAGUUAAAGCUUUGGAAGGAUUUUUGUUAAAAUGGUUAAGUAUAUGAAAGUUAUUUCAUUUUUAUUAUAAUUUAUAAAUGUGUAAAACCAUAUUUAUUUUGCGGUUAUUUAGGGAAUUGGAGGACUCCACUAUAAAAAAAAAAAAAGCCUAUUGUAAGAAUACUGGAGACUUUUCAUAAAGCAGUACCUUGCCAAAGAGAUAAGAGCCUCUUUGAUGUAGGUUUAAAGCAUCUAUUUUUAUAAAAAAUAAAAAAAUGUUCAAGAAACUUUUUACUGGUCCUGGAACAAAAUAUUUUGACUUGAAUACUUUGCAAAAUCUACUUCAUAUGACAGCCUUGUGAGCUUUUAAAACUUACCAGGAUAUUUGUGUGUAAUCAAUAUUUUCUGAAGGGGGGGCUGCAGUCUAGCAGUGGGAGGGAAAGAGCGAUUUCUGAUACGGGAGUAAUUUUCCUUUUUGCUUAACAUACUGUAUUUAUAUUAAGGGUCACUAUCAAUAGGGCCCAACUAUUUCUAAUAUUUAUCUUCCUGGUUAUUAUGUGAUAAGUGCUCACAUCAAUUGUGAAUUUUUCAACCAAUUAAAUGGACAGGAAAAUCAAUCAUUUAAACAUAAACCGCAAAUGGCAAGCAAAGUAAAUUGCCAAUUGUACUUUUGGGGGACACAAGAAAUCUGUUCUUCCGAAAGCAUUCCCUUCAGAAGGAGCUCAUGGUGUUUAGUGAUGUACUUUCAGUAUUGUUUGGCAAUUUUAUUUUGAAUGCAAUUAUUUUACUUUUUUUGUUGAAGGAACAAAAAGUUGCGCACAUGGUUGUACUGCCAAGCUGUAAACUGAUAUAAUUUCUGUUUAAAAGAUUGUUUAAUUCUAGCACCUGAGCUUUGUGUAUUGUAAAUAAGAUCAGGAUCAUUUUUUUUAAUGGCAUAGCUAAACAUAAUUGUGCAGUUUAACGGUAGAUAUGUUUUACUGCUGCCAGAUGCUGCAUAUAUUUAGUUCUGCCUAUCAAAUGGUCUCCUUUUUUAUGUUUAACCAAACUGACUUUGCUUUUUCUUAUGCUAAGUGAUGUUGAAACUUUAAUAGUUUUGUGUAUUGGUUUUCAUUUUUCCCCCUUUAUAUAUGGAAUUAUAUUCUCAUUCAUGUUGUUGUAAUUUAGGACCCCAAUUAUGUAGCAUCAGAUUUGUUGCUAGGUUUUUUUUUUCCCCCCCCACUUUUUACUUUUCGUUCUUUGUGUAGUUGUUAACUUUGAUGCAUCAGAUUUUCACCAAUCUUAUGUUAGUGGUAUAAAAUGAGAAUCCAUAAAUUUGUUUUUAUUUGAACUACAUGAAUGCUAUUAAAAUUUAAGUUUGUAUGGUGCAUAAAUCACUGUUGGGGAAAAAUUAAUAAAAAAAAAUAAAUUAAUAAAUCUUUCUUUGCAUCUGGUUUAUAAAAGUGAAAUGUUAUACACUUUCCUCAAAGACAAAAGUAAUUCUUUAUAUACCGUUUUUUUUUUUUUUUUUGUACAAAUGAAAAAUUUUGUACAAAUGAAAAAUCUUCCCCCAGGAUAAGCAAUGUGCUAUACAUUACAUAUUUGUAAAUUGUUCGAAAAUUAUUUUUUUUUUAACAUGUAGUUCACCAUAUAUAUACCUUCUUUGGUAGUCCAUAUACUGUGACGUGCGUUUCAAAGUGUCAAGGUAAAUUUUCAUGCUCUUUCCACUAUGGUUUUGAAAAUAACUCUAGUUUUGAGGGAAUGUUAGAAAUAUUUUCAGAAUCUUUGUAAAGCAGUGGAAAGCAAAUGAUUAAACUUGAGUUAAAUUUGUUAAAACUUUCAUUUUCUCCAAUGGACUAAUUUAAUUUACUUUUAUUAUGUAUCUAAUCCAAAGUCAUACUGCUUGUAGCAGUAUGGUGCAAAGAGCAUGGAAAUUGGGCCUCUCUUUGCAGUGUCAGAGCACUUAUCAAAAUGUGAGGCUGGUAUUUAUUUGAAUUGUACUAUAUGACUUGAUUAACGCAUCUGUUGAAAUAGAAUAUAUAUUCUGUUGAGUAUUAAACAGGCUGUAAAUUUUAUUUUGUGUUUGGAUCCUUUGUACUUUUCCAUGUUCAGUACAUCAAUAAACAAAAGUUGAAGGGAAA